CGGCGGGUCCCUGCAGGGGGGCCGGGCCGGGCCGGCGGCGCGGCGGGAGCAGGUGCGGCCGCCCGGCACCGCGGGGGCGGAGCGGAGGGCGGUGGCCGCGGCCGGGCCGGGCCGGCAGGUAGGGGCCGCCGGGAGGCGGAGGGUGAGGAGCUGGGCGGGCUGCCCGGCCUCUGGAGGUGCGGCCGGCGGCACGGCGAGCGGGCUGCCGCGGGAGGAGGAGGACGGCGGCGGCGGCGGUCUCCGCAGCCCGGGCCGCGGAGGGGCCCCUUGCUGCAGAGCCAGAUGUGCGGGACGGGGGGCUGCGAGGGGCCGGUGGGGGGGUGUUGGGGGCUGCCGCCGCCGCUGCUGCCGCGGCCGGGGGGGAACCCUUAGCUGUGCGGGAAGCGGGGAAGCCGCGUCGGGAGCUGUUAUUUUCUUCUCCCCCUUCCUUUGCCUUUCCUCUCCUGCCUCCUCCUCCUCGUCCUCACCAAAACCGGGAGAGGAGGCGUGUUCGUAGAGCCUUGCUGCACCGGUUUUGCUUGGUUUGUUGUUGCAGGGUUUGGUUCGCCGGGUGGUGGAGGGUUUUUUCUCUGUGUAUUGUGGUCUUCUUUUCCUUCGGUUCCUUCUCCCUCCCUUUCCUUUGGCCCAUUGCAUGCUCGGAUCCGGCUGGAUCCUUCCUUUUAUUUUCGGUGGUGCUUCUAAGAGGGGGGAAGGGAGAGCUGGGAUGAGUGCAGCUUGACGCACAGGCGAGGGGAGGGGGGGCACCGCCGGCAGCUGCAGCGGUUCGUGGCCGCAGGGUGCGGGUGAGGAAGGGAGCGAGCGAGGGGUUCGCUCGGUGCCUCCCCCUUUCUUCACCCAUCUCCUUCCUCCCCUCCUGCCCUCCCCAUCCGUCUGCUGCCGGGUCCGGCUGGGAGCGUGUGUGCAAUAUAUAACGUUGUAAGGUGUGUGUGCGCGGAGGAGAGGGAGGGAAGGACUCGCGAGUGAGCCGGGGCUGCCCCAGCCCCCCUUAUGUGACUCCCCCCUCCCGGGCGGCUGGAUGGCGAUAGACCGGCGCCGUGAGGCGGGCGGCGGGGGCCGGCCGCUGCCGGAGGAGAACGGCUCGGUGCCGGGGGCCGCGGGGGGGAGUGCCGCCACCCCCCCGGGGCCGUCCCCCGCCAACGCCACCGGGGCUGAGAUCCAGGCGGUACCGGUGCCGUCGCCCGCUGCCGCCUGCAGCCCGCUGCUCCUCGACUACGACGGCUCGGUUCUGCCCUUCCUCGGGGGACUGGGCGGCCGGUACCAGCGGACCCUGGUGCUGCUCACCUGGGUGCCGGCUCUCUUCAUUGGCUUCAGCAAGUUCUCGGACUCUUUCCUCCUGGACCAGCCCGACUUCUGGUGCCGGGAGGCCGACGGGCAGGGCAACUGGAGCCGGUCCCUGGCGACGGGACACGCCAACCACAGCGGCAACGGGAGCAUCUUCCCCACGCCCGGACUGCCCACCCCCGCAGGGGGCAAUGUCAGCGAGUGCGACUGCCACGAGUGGCACUACCGCAUCAGAGCCGGUCUCGUUCAAAACGUCGUGAGCAAGUGGGAUCUUGUUUGUGAUUCUGCCUGGAAAGUCCACAUUGCUAGAUUCUCCCUGCUGGUAGGAUUAAUCUUUGGCCACUUAAUAACAGGAUGUAUAGCUGACUGGGUUGGUCGACGGCCUGUGCUGCUCUUCUCUGUCAUAUUCAUCUUGGUAUUUGGACUGACUGUGGCACUCUCAGUGAACGUGACCAUGUUCAGCACACUCAGGUUUUUUGAGGGGUUUUGCCUGGCUGGAAUAGUCCUCUCCCUAUACGCACUGCGGAUAGAGCUCUGUCCUCCUGGGCACCGGUUCAUGAUCACCAUGGUGGCGAGCUUCAUCGAAAUGGCGGGGCAGUUCCUCAUGCCGGGGCUGGCUGCUCUCUGCAGGGACUGGCAGGUCCUCCAGGCAGUCAUCAUCUGUCCUUUCCUGCUGAUGCUGCUUUACUGGGUUAUUUUCCCAGAGUCUCUUCGGUGGCUGAUGGCUACACAGCAGUUUGAGGCAUCCAAGGAGCUGAUCCUUCAGUUCACGCACAAGAACAGGAUGAACAUGGAAAGCGACAUCAAAGGAGUGGUGCCCGGGCAUAGGAUGGACGAAUCAGUGCAUAGGAUGGACGAUGCUGUGGGAAUGAAGCUGUUGUCUGUUCCUCAUUUGUUGCAGAAUUUGGAAGAGCUGGAAAAGGAGAUCGCCAGGAGACCGAAGAAAGUCUGCAUUGUUAAAGUGGUGGGAACCAGGAACCUGUGGAAAAACAUCGUAGUAUUGUGUGUGAACUCGCUGACGGGUUACGGCAUACACCACUGUUUUGCGAAAAGCAUGAUGGGGCACGAAGCGAAGAUGGCAAUUACGCACAACUUCUAUGCGGACUACUACACCAUGGCUGGGAUUGCCCUGGCAUCCUGCCUGGCCAUGUGCCCCGUGGUCGGGUUCCUGGGGAGGAGAGGAGGACUCCUACUUUUCAUGAUCCUCACAGCUCUGGCGUCGCUUCUGCAGCUGGGCCUUCUCAACUUGAUUGGAAAAUACAGUCAACUUCCAGACUCAGGUAUGAGUGACAGCGUCAAAGACAAAUUCUCUACUGCAUUUUCCAUCGUGGGUAUGUUUUCUUCGCAUGCUGUUGGAAGCCUCAGUGUGUUCUUCUGUGCUGAAAUCACGCCCACAGUAAUCAGGGGAGGUGGGCUGGGGCUGGUCCUGGCCAGCGCGGGCUUCGGCCGCCUGACCGCCCCCAUCAUGGAGCUCCACAACCAGAAAGGCUACUUCCUCCACCACGUCAUCUUCGCCUGCUGUACGCUCAUCUGCAUCAUCUGCAUCCUGCUGCUGCCGGAGAGCAAGAACCAGAACCUGCCCGAGAACAUCCCGGACGGUGAACAUUACACCCGGCAGCCCCUCCUGCCGCACAAGAAGGGGGAGCAGCCCCUGCUCCUGACAAACUCUGAACUCAAGGAUUACUCCGGCCUCCACGACUCGGCAGCUGUGAGUGACGGGAUCUCCGAGAACACCACUGCCAAUGGGAUGAAGUCAAUGUAGCUGGGUGGAUUUUUUUUUCUUCCUUUUUCUUUUUUUCUUUUUUUUGGUUGGGUUUGGUUUUUUUUCCCUUUCUACUCUCUUGUUUUAUUUGAUGCUGUUGUGCAGGAGGAGCAGCACUUUGGGCAAUGGUGUUUUGCACAGGGUUUACAAACCAGUGGUGGAGCAGACACAGACUUGGGGGAAUUCAACUCUGCUGCUAAAGCAACUUUUGGCAUCUUCAACUGUUGUGCAGACUGCUCUUGAAAAAGUUACGGGGGAAAAGACUCAUCUGAGAAAAGACCUGGCUGAAGGUAGCCCUUCAGAACUCUUUUUUUCCUGCCAUUAAAUAUGUAUAUUUAUUUUGAUUUAUUCUCAAGAAGCACUUUAUUUCCUUUUCCUUUCAUAGAUCACAAAAAUGAAGCCAUCUUAUUAUAAGAGGUGCAGCCAUUCCAAGAAAGAAACCAUGGGGGGGGGUGUUUUCUGUUUUGUUUUUGUGUUUCUUUAAAGGAAAGAGGGAUCCACUGCAAAGUUGAAUUGACUGAAAUUUAGACUUGUGCAACAUUCUUCUGCCUGUCUAGAAAGUCCAAGCGCAGAGGUUGCCUGCUGUGUUUGUAUACACCAAAAAAAAAAAAAGGAGGAAAAAAAAAAGCAAAACCUGUUGUGACUCAAACUCUGACUGCAUUUUAGGCAGCUUGUGUUUGUUUUUAUAGCCCAUGUGCACUUAAGUUACUUUCUAAAUUAGUACUUUUCUUUUUUCACUAAAUGCAGUGAAGAAAAUCCUACCCAAACAAGCUGAUUUUUUCAAUGAGGAUCAGCCUUCUGCAUUUUAAGAGUCUGUUUAUCUAUUUUAGACAGUUCUGGCUGGUGUUUAAUCGCAAUGAGAUGUAAAUGGUUUGACCAAUGAUGCAACAAUUAGUUUUGCUGAGAAUGGUUUUCAUUACCUGGAGGCCCAGAAUCUCUGAGCGACUGCUCCAGGAGAAGAGCAGGAACAAAACAUAAGGAUAUGUACUUUGUUCCAAAAGGUGUCACAGCUGGGGUUCCCACUCCUGGGAAAUGGAUGUCCUGGCAUUGCCUUGUCUGUUUUUAGAACCAGGGUUCAGGUUUUCAACUUCAGUGGGAAAAAUACUUAAGUGACUAUUGGAGAUAAAUGAAUUGAUAGUGUGUGAAUAAUGAAUUAUGGUCUGCUGGUGGCCAUCUUGGGGUUUUAGAGAUGUUUUCUGGUUCUGAUGCAAGUAUAUGCAGUGAACUCACCCAGAUUUCCCCCUUCUCCAACUGCUCUCGUAGGGUUUUCAUUCAGAAAAAAAUAAAAUGUACUUAAAUUGGAUCGAUCCUACUCGAGGCUAAGAAAAGUGAACAUCCAGUUUGGCUCCCACUGUGCAGAUAGCACUGUGAUAGUGGCCACUUCUCCAGCCCCAAAACCAGCUAUUUCCUUUGGCCAUCGGCUUUGGGUUCUCACUGUGUGAAUAUUGUGAGGAUCUAGUUCAAUGCAAGGACUUAGCAAACAAACAGCUCUCUUGCAUUGUAGUUAACCUCCCUGCUCUCCCUCUCUCUUCUCCUUUCUCACUCAGGCCAUCCAUUUAGUGAUUGCUCAGUAGUGCAGACGUUCACACAAACAGAGCAGCAGGAUGUCGAUGUUGUAUCGAGUGUCCAUAUGAUUGCCACUUUGUUUGAUGUACAUCUUGUGUUUGUACGCAUGGAAAGCGCUCAUUUGCACUUUCCUCCUCUACUUUCCCUUCCCCCUCCUCCUUUGCUGUAUAUAUUGUCGAUUAACUACUGUACCUAACAAUUUCCAUCCUCCAUUAGGCUGCCGAUGUCCUCAUACAGGCCCCAAUAAAUCAGAGAUACGUGCUCCCCGGCAGGUGAUGCAGUAAGUAGCACAGCCUCGGAUGCUGAUGAGUGCAAGGGGACAGGUAGACCUGCAGAAGCAACAGAGAUUGUUGUGUUCAGAGUAACAAUGUUGUCCUAAAGCUGCUAAUUUUUGCACAGAGGAUGUGGACAUUCAGGUUCUUCUCGAGCCUGGUAAGAAACACUGGACCAGUUGAUGGUAGUUUUGCCUGAAGUCACACUACUAUUUUUUUUCACCUUUGCUAGACUUGCUGCGACAGCAAGAGCCUGAUCUUCCUUACACUCGAGUUUUAUUGUUGAGCUUGAGUGCAGCUGCCUCUCUUUUUGUUCCAUGCUGAGAUUUCUGCAGCCUGUGUUCACCUAAGGAAAAAACCCAGGCCUUCCCCUUUCAUGCAGUAUUCACGUGCCAAAUUUGUGCAAUAACUUUUGCCUUCCAUAUGAGAUGCUUGUUGCAAGCCACACUCGUUGGGGUGGGGGGAAAAAAAUAAAAAAGAGAAAAAGUGGGUUCACAACAAAAAAAUGAAGAAGUAAAACAAGUCUUAAUGGAAAAAGGCCUGAAAGCAGAGGAGCAUGGGCGAGCAGAGAGCGGCGUCCUACCAUCCAUUGUGCCGUGGAGCCAGCAGCUCCUUCCUGCGUGGUCUCUGUGCGUGUGUGCUCAAGCUACAGUACGGCUCUGGUCAACCAUCCACAAGCCUAUUAAAGCAGCUGCUCCCAGCACUGCCAGCCAUCCCGGUGUGCUCACCGCUGCUGUCCACAGCGCUUUAUUGUUUCCAAUUCCAGCGGUGGCUCUCUGAUGACAGAGGGGCCCAGGAAGAGAACAGUUGUUUAAACAUAUCAACCUUUAUAUGAUAAACUAGGUGACAGGUACAAGCGGCAUUUUUGGUUUUUUAAUUCUUAUGAAUUUGACUUGAUUUGCUGCUUUUUUGCUUUUUCUGCCUGAAACCAAGUAGUUGGUACUGAUCUUCUGCCACGUGGGGAGCCCCAGCUUCUCAAGUUGGUCUGGCCCUCUGCCUCUGUCAUGACAAUAAAACACAAACUGAUUUCCUGCCUUGGCAGCUCCAGUUUUGCUCUUUUUCCUGAAACAAAUCUGUGAUUUAUGUGUUUUUCCACAUACGCACACAGAGUUGGAAAGCUUUUGCCGUGUGCAUCUCGUGCGGAGGAGUCGGGUACCAGGUGAUGCAGUGGGGCAGGAAGGUGGAGAUGUUCACUGAGCUCUGCCUAGUCCCACGGCGCGAUGAGGCUCUUGGUUGGAUGCACCAUCAGCUCCCUGGCCACAUCCCCUCCACAGCCAUCACCAGAAAAGGCUUUUCUCAGGUGGCUCUUUCUGGCCGCCACAACAGGGGAAGUGGUCAAAGCUGUCCUGGUCCAUAUUGGCCUUUUUUCUGUGAGCCUUCCACAACCUCUAAGCCCAUCAGUGGAUUUUUUCUUUGGGUUUACCUUUUAAGGGCUUUCCUCCAUCUUUGUAAGUUUAAACAAAAAUGUGAUAGUGGCAUUACGCUUGAUCUUGUUUUGGUUGCUUGUGGGGUUUCUUUGUUGGUUUUAUUUUGUUUUGUUUGGGCUUCUUUUUCCUUUUAAGGUUUCAGUACUGCUUUCAUUGCCAGAGACACUGCAAACAGGUAACACAGUCGCCUGUUUGCAGAUGUUUUGUGGCCACUCAGAAAGAGAGUUGUAUGACUUUUUGGUUUUGUUGAGCAGGCUUUUUAAUUUUUUUUGUUUUGUUUUUUAAUGGAAAUACUUUACUUAACUGUUGCCUCUUCCCGGAGCCAAACACUGAAGGUCACCAAAUUGGAAGCAGAAGUGCCAUUAACUGAACUCUGUGAAUGUCAAGUCAAGUUGCGCCUGUAGCUGGCACAUAAGACAACACUAUUAAGUGGGGGGAUGAUCUCCCCCACUGUAACUCUUCUUUUAUUUUUUUUUUUUUAAUAAAAUGACAAACCUCAUUUUAAAUGUAUUGUGUAAAAUGUUUCGGGAAAGGAGUAUGGUGUGUUAUGUCUAGUGGGUGAGACCUCCCUCCCCAUUUCAGUUUCUGAUGAAGUUUUAAAGAAUCGUGUUACUGUACGUUUUGAUCAUGAAUAGUCUGGUGGUGCUUCCUCAUAGCACAAGCUUAAAUCAAGUACUGAAAACAGUCUUACAAGCUAAAUGUCUGCAUGAUGUUACAUCCGUUGUACCUACUGAAAAGAACUUUGUAUGUAAAUGUACAGAAUAAAAUAACGUUGUCCCAUCA